AGCAGCAACGCUCAACGUCUCGGAGUUCUUUCUCUGCAUUUUUGCCCUUCCUUUCCUUCUCGUACGUGCGUUGCGUGGCGGGCGAAAACAACGAAAUGAAAGACGCUGACAAAUCGGAGGUGGGUGAACCCGCCCAGAAGGCGGCGGUGGUCGCGGCAAAGUCGGCACGAGAGCCUUUCAUCCUUGCCGCGGCGUUCCUCGAUGGCAUGGUCGCCGUCUCGGGAGUACCGGUGAUGGUGAAGCAGGGCGCCUUUGUCAGCUUCCCCUCCGGCGCCUCGCUGGCCGCCUACCAGCUGUGCUUCUUUCUCCCCCAGCUUCUCACCACCCUCGCAGCGGAGCAGUUGACGCCACACUUCGACGCACUGGCGCUGCUCCUCUUCACACUGGUGUGCACCACUGGCAGCGCCGUGGUCGUCUCGCUCAGCCUCUCCCACCGCGCCCUCUACCUCUUUUUUGCCUCCCGCUUCCUUAACGGCGUGCUGCGCCACGACAAGACGUACUUCGGCAUCACCGGCACCGCCCUGCACAUGUCGGCGGCGGAGCUGGGUGCGGCGGCGCGCUACGGCAUGAUGGCGGGCAUGGCCGUCAGCGGCUUGGCGGGGGACGUGCUGGAGGAUGCGAUUGAGGUGGCUCAAUUCUUCGCGUUGGUGGAGAUUCUGGCGACGGUGCUGGUGCUGGUGCGCUACCUGCGUGGGCGUCACGUCACCUCGCCGGUGCGGACCCGACUCGAGUACGCGAAGUGGCUGCCGUCACUGUGGCGGGCCUCGCCGGCUGCCCAUCACACGCUGGUUGCCCUCGCCGCCGUGCUGGUGGCGGCCUCAGUCAACCAGGUGGCUUACCCGCUGAUGGGUCCGGAGUAUCAGCUGCCCUACACCUUCACGGGAGCUCACUUGUGCUUUAAUAUGGCGGUGCAGAUGGUGUGGAUGCCGCAUAUCUUGAAGUGGGCAAUGCAGCGGGCCGCCACGUGGAAGUCGAACCUGCUGUUGUCUGGAACGGCGGAGGACAAGCUGACGGUCGUGUCCGCCGCUCUUCUUCUUGCCGGGUGCGUCGCGGCUCCCUACGCCACCACGCACAGCCCGCUGCUGUACUACACCGUGUCGACGCUCCUGGUGGACGUACCGGCCGGCGUUCUGACAUCGUUGGCCACCGCAGCAGCGCAGGCGUCGUUGGACAAGUUCUCCGGUGACAGCGCGAAGGUAGGCCUGCUGAUUGCGCACGCCACGCAGCUGACGAAGUCGUUUGCCGCCCCGCUGCGGAUCAGCAUGGGGGACUACUACCACGACCGCAAGCACACCGUGCGCCUCGUCAGUCUUCCGCUCAUGGCCUACACGUUGGUGUACGCGCGCACGCACAGUGUCGCCUACUCGGUGGCUGCGCUGGCCAUGAUGGCGUUUUACAUGGUCUCCUCCACGAAUGCGACAUCUGACGGUGAUCUGUGA